UCCCCAACUGCUAUGCCACGUCUGGCAAUGCGCUCUCUUACAGCAAUUGCGUUUUUAAGGGGCUCCAGCGGAACCAUUGUCCUUCCUGCCGAGCGACGCUUCGUAGCGGAGGAAGCUGUGACGUUGCUUCGCCCUCCGAUCUUCGUCUCCCCGUCGCCAGGCGAUUGAGUUAGGAUUGUGGAUGUUGAGUAGGGUUUGGAGCUUUAGUGAAGCUGAAUUGCAAGUGCGGAAUGCGUGAGAGGCACGCAGAGAAAGGAGAACGUGUAGGUGCCGUCUUGCUACAUGCUGCCUAAAAAGAGAGAGUCUGGGGAGGAGGCAGAGUUUGGAAAAAACAGCUUGAAAAGGAAGCGCGUGGAACCUUCCAGCGGCAGUGUAGUGUUGGGGAAGAACCGAGAGCUCGUCAUGGCGCCCGACAGCAACAUGGAAGUAGAGAUCGAUGAGGAUCUUCACAGUCGGCAGCUCGCUGUAUAUGGCAGGGAGACUAUGCGUCGUUUAUUUGGGGCUCAGGUUCUCAUCUCCGGUCUGCAGGGUCUCGGUGUUGAGAUUGCCAAAAAUGUGAUUUUGGCGGGGGUGAAGUCGGUCACGCUGCAUGAUGCUGGAAAUGUAGAGCUUUGGGAUCUUUCUGCUCAAUUCUAUUUCACUGAGGAGGAUGUAGGGAAGAACCGUGCUUUGGCAUGCGCAGAUAAGCUCAAGGAGCUGAACACGGCAGUUCUUGUCACCACCAGCACAGGUGAUAUUACGGAGCAACUUUUGUCAGCUCAUUCGGUCGUUGUCUUCACCGACAUAACGUUGGACAAGGCUAUUGAGAUCGACGAAUUCUGUCAUAGACGUGAGCCAGCCAUCGCUUUUAUCAAGGCAGACAUAAGAGGGGUGUUUGGAUCCGUUUUCUGUGACUUUGGACCAUCUUUCACAGUUGUUGAUGUCGAUGGCGAAGAGCCUCACACGGGUAUCAUCGCAUCCAUUAGCAAUGAUAAUCCUGCACUGGUCACGUGUGUGGACGAUGAGCGGCUUGAAUUGCAGGAUGGGGACCUUGUUACAUUCUCUGAAGUGCAUGGCAUGUCAGAGCUUAACGACGGAAGACCCCGGCGUGUCAAGGGCACAAGACCAUACUCAUUUUUAUUGGAAGAUGAUACGACUGGUUACGGGGCUUAUGAGAAGGGUGGAAUUUUUACGCAGGUGAAGCUUCCUAAGGUGCUCAAAUUCCAACCCCUGAGGGAGGCGUUAGACAAUCCAGGGGAAUUUUUACUCAGUGACUUUGCGAAGUUUGAUCGACCCCCGUUGUUGCACUUAGCAUUCCAGGCUUUAGAUGCUUUUCGUGUCGAGGUAGGCCGCUUUCCUGCGCCUGCAUCGGAGUCAGAUGCAAACAAGUUGGUCGACAUUGCACACCGAAUAAAUGAGGAGAAGCCCAUCGAUCAGAAACUAGACACAAUUGAUGGCAGUAUUGUGAAACUUUUGGGGAGCGGAUCUCGAGCAGUUUUGAGUCCUAUGGCAGCAAUGUUUGGAGGAAUCGUUGGCCAGGAAGUUGUGAAAGCCUGCUCUGGAAAAUUUCACCCUUUGUACCAAUUCUUCUACUUCGAUUCUGUGGAGUCGCUACCAGCGGAGCCAUUGACACCAGAGGAUGUGAAGCCUUUGAACUCACGAUACGAUGCACAGAUCGCUGUAUUUGGCUCCAAAGUUCAACAAAAGCUAGAACAGUCGAAAUUAUUUUUGGUUGGUGCUGGUGCUCUGGGUUGUGAAUUUCUCAAGAACCUUGCGCUUAUGGGAGUCUCAUGUGGCCCGAAAGGAAACCUCACUGUAACGGAUGACGAUGUGAUUGAGAAGAGUAACUUAAGCAGACAGUUUUUGUUUCGUGACUGGAACAUAGGACAAGCGAAGUCGACAGUGGCUUCAUCAGCGGCCAUUGCAAUCAACCCUUCCUUCAAUGCAGUGGCGUUGCAGAACCGUGUCAGUCCUAAUACAGAGAAUGUCUUCGACGAUACUUUCUGGGAAGGUCUCGACUUGGUAGUCAAUGCUUUGGACAACGUUAAUGCGAGGCUCUACAUCGAUUCUCGGUGCGUUUAUUUCCAGAAGCCUCUCCUCGAGUCAGGAACUUUGGGCACAAAGUGCAACACACAGGUGGUAAUUCCUAACCUGACAGAAAACUACGGCGCAUCACGUGAUCCUCCUGAGAAGCAAGCUCCCAUGUGCACUGUACACUCAUUCCCUCACAAUAUUGACCAUUGCUUGACGUGGGCACGCUCGGAGUUUGAAGGUUUACUAGAGAAGACCCCGGCUGAGGCGAAUGCGUUUUUAUCUAAGCCUGAAGAAUAUAAGACUGCAGCGAAGAAUGCAGGUGAUGCUCAGGCCCGGGAACUUUUGGAGCGAGUUGUGGAAUGCCUGGUCACGGAGCGCUGUGCCUCAUUCGAAGAGUGCAUUACAUGGGCCAGGCUUAGGUUUGAAGACUAUUUCUCGAACCGAGUUAAGCAACUCACAUUUACGUUUCCAGAAGAUGCGACCACCAGCAAUGGAUUGCCAUUCUGGUCAGCUCCGAAGCGAUUUCCCAAACCCCUGCAGUUCUUUUCAUCUGAUCCUUCCUGUCUCUCUUUUGUCGCUGCGGCAGCUAUUCUGCGAGCUACUACGUUCGGUAUCUCAGUGCCAGCGUGGGCCUUGGAUGCGAGGAAACUGGCCGAAGCUGUAGACAAGGUUAAGGUGCCUGACUUUGCACCAAAGCAAGGCGUGAAAAUUGUGACUGACGAGAAAGCCACUAGUAUUAAUUCCUCUAGCAUGGACGAUGAUUACCAGAUUGAGAUGUUGAUCAAAAUUCUGGAUGAGGGUGUCAAAAAACUACCUCCUGGUUUUAAAAUGAAUCCUGUGACGUUCGAGAAGGAUGAUGAUACCAACUUUCACAUGGAUCUGAUAGCAGGACUCGCCAACAUGCGAGCACGAAAUUACAGCGUACCUGAAGUGGAUAGAUUGAAGGCAAAGUUCAUUGCUGGCCGCAUCAUUCCUGCCAUAGCCACAACCACAGCUAUGGCUACAGGACUCGUCUGCUUGGAAUUGUACAAGGUUAUACUAGGGCAUAAUGUCGAACGUUACAGGAACACCUUUGCUAACCUGGCACUUCCUUUGUUUUCAAUGGCUGAGCCUGUACCUCCGAAGAUGUUCACUCAUCAAAAUCUCAAGUGGUCUAUCUGGGACCGUUGGGUUAUUGCUGGGGAUCUUACCCUAAAGGAAUUAUUGGAAUGGUUUGGAGAAAGGGGCCUGACUGCGUACAGCAUUUCUUGUGGCCAGUCUCUGUUGUACAACAAUAUAUUUCCUAAGCAUCGUGAGCGCAUGGGAAAGAAGGUGGUGGACCUGGCAAGGGAUAUUGCCAAACUUGAUAUUCCGCCUAACCGCCGGCACUUCGACAUAGUGGUUGCGUGUGAAGACGUCGAUGGAAACGAUCUUGAUGUACCGUUGGUCUCCAUUUGUUUCAGCUGAUCAAGCCCUAAACGCAAAUGCCUCUGGGUCUCCUAUUUUGUCGUUUUAUAACAAGUUGACUGCAUUACCCAUUGACAUUUCCAUGUGAAAUGUAACUGGAGGUUUCAUUGCAACUGAAAUUGCAGUGAUGGCAUAAUUUCUUAGCCAUCUUGACCAUGUUUAAUUGUGACUUGUAUGUUUGGAAUCACUGUAAGUUUCGAUAAUAUGUCUAGGGGGUGAUGGAUUGUACGGCCCGGCCAAUCCUAGGUUAGUGUACUGCCGCUGGUAGGUGCCAAAGUAAUUGAAAUCUUGUAAUGAAUUCUAAGUUGCAUUAAGAUUUCACAUGUUUUCUUA